AUGUAUAAAGUAUCCAAUGUCAAAUCCUAAGAUUCUGUUGCAAAUUGUUCAGACAUGGCAGCUCUUCUCUUCUACUUAAUAUUUGUGAUUUGGACGAGAAAGGUGUCAGCACUAGUUGUUCCUCCUAAUUAUGAUCUAGAUGAAGAGUUUUAUAAGAAAUAUGAGUUUACAUCAGUCACCAGAUGCGUGUUUGAAAAUGGAAUAUCAUUUCUUUGUCCUUACGCUGCCAUUGAUAUCCAACCUCCCUGGCCCAACCAACAAGAGGUAAAAUACUACACGGAGUGUUGCAAGGAUAAAUGUUGUACAAAGGAGGGUAAGGAACUGUUUCUCUCAACGGAAAGACCAGGAUGGUGUUACGACUUUAUUGUUGGAAGCUUUGCGGCAGGUGUAUUUGGCUGCUCUAGAUAGUUUUAUCCGACAGUCAGCUGCUCUGGAUAGUUUUAUCCGGUAGUCGGCUGCUCUAGAUAGUUUAUCCGGCAGUCAGCUGCUCUGGAUAGUUUUAUCCGGUAGUCAGCUGCUCUAGAUAGUUUUAUCCAGUAGUCAGCUGCUCUGGAUAGUUUUAUCUGGUAGUCGGCUGCUCUGGAUAGUUUUAUCCAGUAGUCAGCUGCUCUAGAUAGUUUUAUCCGGUAGUCGGCUGCUCUAGAUAGUUUUAUCUAGUAGUUGGCUGCUCUUGACAGCUUUAUCCAGUAGUCAGCUGCUCUGGAUAGUUUUAUCCAGUAGUCAGCUGCUCUAGACAGCUUUAUCCGGUAGUCAGCUGCUCUGAAUAGUUUUAUCCGGUAGUCAGCUGCUCUGGAUAGUUUUAUCCAGUAGUUGGCUGCUUUAGAUAGUGUUAUCCGGUAGUCAGCUGCUCUAGAUAGCUUUAUCCAGUAGUUGGCAGCUCUAGAUAGUUUUAUCCAGUAGUCGGCUGCUCUAGAUAGUUUUAUCCAGUAGUCAGCUGCUCUGGAUAAUUUUAUCCGGUAGGUGGCUGCUCUAGAUAGUUUUAUCCAACGAUGUAAUACAAAUUUAAAUUUUGAACCGAAAACCCAUUUUUUUCAUUUAUGAUAAAAGUACAAAAUUAUUUGUAUAUAA